AUGACUAAGAUUUCUGAGGUUGUUCAGGGUGCACAGGAAUCUCCUGGAGCAUUUCUGGAGCGCUUAUAUGAGGCCUACCGUACCUAUAGCACUAUUGACCCAGAAGCUCCCGAGAACUAUAGAUCUGUGAAUAUUGCAUUUGUUAGUCAGUCUGCCCCAGAUAUACGUAGGAAAUUACAAAAGCAAGAAGGGUUCGAGGGUAUGAAUAUAUCUCAACUAGUCGAGAUAGCUCUGAAGGUCUUUAAUACCCGAGACGCACCAGCUACGGAAGCAGGUAAAGAAUGCGCUAAGGCAGUAGUGGCGGUCAUGAGAGAAGCAAACAAAUUCCCUAGGAGUACUUCCCAGCGCCCUCGUGGGCGGCAGCCGUUAGGCUCAGACCAGUGUGCCUAUUACCCCGGAGAACCUAGGGUAUGCUUAGAAAUUGGGGGUCAGCCUGUUGAAUUUUUGGUAGAUACUGGAGCUACCUACUCUGCUUUAACAAAACCUUUGGGCCUAUUAUCUUCAAAAUCUACCCCUAUACAAGGUGCUACUGGUAAAAUUGUUUCUUAUCCCUGGACUACUGAACGCACAGUCCAUCUAGGGCAUGGCACAGUCACUCAUUCGUUUCUGGUCAUGCCAGACUGUCCUUAUCCUCUUCUGGGUAGGGACUUGCUUCGAAAGCUUCAGGCAACUAUUUCCUUCUCUGAAGAUCAGGCUUCUCUAACCUUAAAUCCUCCAAGUCCUGAGCGUCUUCUUAUUACCCUACCUCUCCAAUUUGAACAUAUCUUAGUGGCUUCCCCUGCGUCGCCCUCUCCUGCUCCCUCCCCCCUUCUUACUCAGCUGCAAACCGAUUUUCCUCAGGUGUGGGCAGAAAAUAACCCUCCGGGUCUGGCUGCUCAUCAUGCACCGGUGGUUGUGCAGCUUCUAGCCACUGCCUCUCCUAUUUCUGUCAAGCAGUACCCUAUGUCAAGAGAAGCCCUUCUAGGUAUCUCUGUUCACAUUAAUCGAUUAAGGGAAGCUGGUAUCUUAAUAGCCUGUCAGUCUCCAUGGAACACGCCUUUAUUACCAGUCAGAAAACCUGGAUCGUCGGACUUUCGUCCUGUUCAGGAUCUUAGGGAAGUUAACAGAAGGGUUGAAACUAUCCACCCAACUGUUCCAAAUCCCUAUACCCUACUCAGCUUGUUACCUCCUACUCAUACUGUAUAUACUGUUUUAGAUCUAAAGGAUGCUUUCUUUUCUAUACCCCUUGCGCCAGUCAGUCAGCCUCUCUUUGCUUUUCAGUGGAUAGACCCCCAAGGGGAAUCUUCGGGGCAGCUUACCUGGACUAGGCUGCCACAGGGUUUUAAGAACUCUCCUACUUUGUUUGGAGAAGCUCUCCAUCUGGACCUCCAACCGUUUCGUAAGGAGCAUUCUUAUUGCUCUCUGAUCCAGUAUGUAGAUGAUCUUCUCCUUGCAGCCCCUGAUGAAUCUCUCUGCUUGCAGGCAACUCGUGCCCUUUUGCAUCUCCUUCAAUCCCUAGGCUACAGAGUUUCUGCUAAGAAGGCUCAGCUUUGCCUCCAUGAAGUGUCUUAUCUGGGCUAUGUUCUCAAAUCUGGCCACCGUUCCCUGUCUUCUGAACGUAUACAGGCUAUCUUAUCCAUUCCGGUCCCCACUAUAAAGGAUGUUAGCCAAUUGAUCAGAAGUUAUAUUUAUAGAUGCAACACUUGCGCUAGAGUAAAUAUGAAAAGAAUUAUAGAGGCACGUGUGGGAAUUAGGUUGAAAGGACAAAUUCCUGGAGAAAGGUGGGAGGUAGAUUAUACUGAGGUACAGCCGUCAACAGCUGGGUACAAAUAUCUGUUAGUAUUUGUAGAUACUUUCUCAGGGUGGACAGAAGCCUUUCCCACCCGAAAUGAAACAGCUCUCACAGUGGUUAAAAAGAUACUAAAUGAGUUAAUGCCCCGCUUUGGUCUUCCAGUAGCCAUAGGAUCUGAUAAUGGGCCUGCUUUUGUUGCCAAAAUAUCACAAGGCAUCAGCAAAGCCCUAGGCAUUGAUUGGAAACUCCACUGCGCAUAUAGGCCGCAGAGCUCUGGGCAAGUGGAAAGGAUGAAUAGAACACUUAAGGAGUUCCUUUCAAAGCUUGUCCUAGAGACCCAGAACUCCUGGGUCUCGCUCCUGCCACUAGCAUUACUGAGGAGUAGAUGCACUCCUAACAAAUUAGGGUUAACUCCCUUUGAAAUUGUGUUCGGGAGACCCCCUCCAAUUCUGCCCUUGGUCAGGGAAGACUUGAUGGCUGAAAUUUCUAACUCUUCCCUUAUCAAGUUUUUGCAGGCCUUGCAGAAAACUCAGAAAGACAUCUCCCACCUUGUCCGUGAGGCCCUUCCUGUUCCUCAUACUGACCCCGUACAUACAUUCCAGCCUGGAGAUGCAGUACUGAUAAAGAAAUUUUCCACCUCCGGUCUGGAGCCCAGGUGGAAAGGACCGUACACUGUGAUCCUCACCACGCCCACUGCUGUAAAAGUUGAAUCAAUCCCUGCCUGGAUUCACCACAGCCGAGUGAAACCAGCUGUCACCACUGAAUGGAAAGCAGAAAUCGGUGAAGAUCCCCUGAAACUGAGACUGAUUCGUUCCUCUGGUCCUUGA